CGGGGCGCGUUUUUCUCAUUGUACAUCGUUGACGGCCGCGCAUGAACAACAAAGCGCGACGGCGUCGUGAGGGUGGGAUUUCUGUGGCCGUUCGCGCGAGUAUCGACCUUACGGUCGCCCUGUGGACCUUACUUUAGGAGAGAGCAUGGAGCGAGAAGAGCAGGCCGAGCGCAACGGCGAUAGAAAAUAGGAGAGGGAACUAUAAUUCCUUCCGAGCACGGGGGAAAGGAAGGAACGAAGGAGAAAGGAGAAUGAGCCACCACAUGCCGCGGGUCGAUACUCUAGCACCGAACUCGCUGGUACACGUCGGGUACACCCGCACCGACGCGAGUACGCUCGCACCGAGAGACUGGAGCCGAAGGUUUCUCGCCUGGCAUGAGCACAACGAGCCGACACGCUCGAUUCGUUCACGAGAGAGCUGGAGAGCGAGAGAGAAUCCACGGCGGACACCUGCACUCAUGAAUGAGGAUCGAAGUCCGGGUUCGGCUCUGACCGCUCGCGUUAAGCCGGUAAACGUCCGAAGAGUGUCACAAGCAAUUAAUCAACCCGUUCGCGACGAGGGAAAUGCAUUCUGAGAAGAUUCACACGCACGCGUAGGAUCUGUUAGGAUCAUCGCGCGCUUCCUUUCGUCCGAUCGAAUUCUUAAAGCGAUAUUCACUGCCUCUCGCACGCGCGCACAGAAAAAAUAUUCUUCUGAUAAAAUAUGAUAUAAAAUGAUAAAAUAUGAUUCUUCUGCGACGAAAAACAAUUACUCAAUUUGUUUUUUUCUCUUAAGUAACGGUUAUGUUCAGCGAAGAAUAUAUAUAUUUUUUUAUAAUAAUCUAAAAAUGUACUCAUUAAAAAAUUGGAGCAAAGCUACUAUCUAAACUAUUAUGUACUCAAAAAAAAAAAA